CCGUCGUCGUUUUGGGUUUUCCACGUGCACGCCCGCUGAUGAUGGGAUGGACGAAAAGUAAAGAGGAAAAUUUUCCUCGUUUUCGUUUUUUAUUUUAUUUUUUUGUUUUCUGUUUCACUUUGUUUUUUGAGUUGUGCGUAACUUGAUCUGCAGCCCAUUAUUGGCAACCGGAUUUACAAACGCGCGCGAUUUUUUUUUUCGUUUUGUGCUGGUGCGGCGCUCGUGCGCUGAUAAGUCCGAGUAGUCGGGCGAGGCGAGAGGUGAGUCAAAGAGUUCUAUUUGUGUCACGCGCCGGGCAUUGACACGAGGCGGUGAGCCACUCCUUGCAAAACGCUCGAAAACUAUCAUAAAAAUUGGCCUGGUAUUUUGUUUUCAACUGGUGGGAAAAUUUCAAUUUAUUUUUCAGUGGAGGCCAGGCUUCGGUGCACUCACUCGCGAGGCGCCCGUUGGUUGUUGCCAAACUGAAAGUCAAAUCAUAGGAAGGUCAAACAUGAUGACGUUUCCAAUUGUUUCAUAUUUUUCCUUUUGAGAAAUCUUUUCUUAUUUCGAUGAGGGCCUCUGGUCGUGUUGGCUGUUAGUGUCGUCGGGUGUACUAUGAGUGUGCUUUGCGUAAUGCGCCGAUCUGCCGGGCUGCCUCCGCGUUCGCUUGCUCGCCGCGACUCGUAGUAUAUAGUACUCGACCCGGGCCCGCCCGGACUCGGACGCGGCCGCCGGCCUCCUGUGUGUGUGUACCGCGCCCACGUGGAUCCCGGUCGCCGCCGCCCACGGCCGCCGUGCGGAGCCAACAACCUCGGCCCGCUCACUAACCCACAUCGCAGUGAUACCGGCCGGGAGCGUGGAAGACGAGAGCAGCGUCUCGCGCCGGCCGGUCCGGGACACGGGGUUAUGCAUUGUUCGGCGCGCCUCUGUCGAUUCUUAUUUAAUCCAUACUUUUCCCAAGCCCCCUCUCUUCUUUCCCUCGCUGUCCUCCCUCUCUCUCUUUCUCUCGUUCUCCCCUUCCCUCUUCCUCGCCCCGGCUGACGCCCCCGCUGUCCCGUCGCCGGAUCCCUGUUUUCGCGCGGAGAAACUGCGAGACCCCUCUCAGUCGGCGGCGACUUCGCACGCGCCCAGGACCUGUCCAGGACCCACAGGUGGCCAGGACCCGCAGAGUUCCCUCGGCUGUAUCCCGGCCCCUCCCGCCCGCACCAUGAUGGCCGCAGGGCGCCGCUGUGUUCUGCCGCUGCUGCUGCUCGUGCUCGUGCUCACGCUCGUCGCCUCCGGGAGAGUCAAGAGGCAGAACAACCUGUACUCGGUCGCAGACUUCAUCGGUCAGCUCGGACAGUUGGCGGCUCAAUCUCAGGGCCAGGGCGGCGGCGGGGCGCCCUCCAACUACCUCACGGGGCUGCUGCAGGGCUUCCAACAGUCGACCCAGUCCGGCGCCGGCUACCCGCAGGGCUUUCCCCAGCGGCCCGUCCGACCCGUCCCUCCCGAGUACCUCCAGGACCUACAGUACCAGGGACAGUACCCUGGGCAAUACCUGGGGCAGUACCCGGGUCAGUACCCGGGUCAGUACCCGGGGCAGUACCCGGGGCAGUACGCCGGGCAGAACCAAGGGCAAGGUACCCUUGGCUUCGAUCCUGCUAACGGAGGGUACGGGUACCGGCCGGGCUUUGGCGGCGGUGGCGCCGGGGGCGGCGUGCUCGGCGGCGCUGGCGGCGUGCUCGGCGGUGCUGGCGGCGCCGGCGGCCUGCUCGGCGGCGUGCUCAGCAGCCUGACCGGCCUCGGCACGCGGCCCCCACCUGGCCCCGGGGGCGGCGUGCCCCUGGCCGCGGCCCUGCAGUCCGUGGCCCAGUACGACGAUGCGCAGUGCGUGCCGCGGCUGCUGUGCGAGCUGACGGCGGGCGGGCGGCCCGGCGGCCGGCAGGGCGAGCAGGCGCUGCCCUUCGUCAACCGGGACACGCUCGUGUCGCUGCUCACGGUGCUCAACUUCGGCUCCAGCUCGCCGCUGCUCGUGUUCGGCCGCGCCGCGCUCCUCGGCUACACCGCGCAGGGCGACCCCGCGUCGUGCUUCAGCGCGUACCCGGCCUGCCCCCGCGACCCCGACCGCCUUGUCGACUACCUCAACAACUACAACGGCGGCUUUUUCCGGUUCUUCACCGGCGUGGGCAGCGCGCAGUACCAGCAGCAGCAGCAGCAGCAGUACUACAGGCCGGGGUACCGCCCGGGCGCGGGCGGGUACGCGCCCCAGUACCGCGACUACGCCCCCUCCUCCAACAAGCCCGUCGUGUUCCCGCGCGCCGAGAGCCGCAUCCUCACGAAGCUGCACCCCGCCGAGGCCGCGGAGCAGCCCCAGCACUUCCUCCCCACGCCCCGCCCCGCCUACCAGCGGGAGCAGAAGUACCACAACUACAACUCUCCCGCGUUCCAGCAAAACAGUUACGCCGCGGCGCCGGCCGGCAUCGGGCCCAACGAGGUGGUGUACGCCAACGGGCGCUUCAUACCCGCGAGCACGUACUUCGGCGGCGUCGGGGCGGUCAACACGGAGCGGCCCUACUACACGCCCUACAUCCCCAGCAUCCCGCUGAGGAAGCCCGUGGCGCCGGUCGACAUCUACCCGACGCGGACCGGCACCGGGGACCUCCGGCUGGACCCGGACGACCACCUCAGGCUGUCCGCGGGCCGGCCGCAGGGGAGGCCCUUCACCUUCCGCGAGGACGCCGACCAGGUCCGCGACCAGCCCGAGCUGCACGGUGGCGGCGGCGGGGUGCGGGGCGGGCAGCGCCAGGGCCACGGGCUGCGCUUCCCCAACCAAGACCAGUUCUGAGGGACCGACUGUGUGUGUAUUUAUUUGUUGUUAUGUAUCGGUGGAGUUAGUCAUCCAGCAGGUGAGUCAUGUCGCGUCAUGACUCAUGCAGUCAUUGUACCUCCUUAUGAUAAUUACCGCUAGACGGCCAUAGUCAGAAUGAUAAUACGAAUAAUUAAUCGUAAGAGUCUCUGUAAAACAAACACUCUUCUGGACGGAGCCCGUCUUUCGCCGGUCUUCCGGUCGUAGCUUCUGUGAAGCAACCAUAUAAUGUAAUGAACUCUUGUUUGCUCUUUUUUUUUAUUAUUCUUUCUGUUAAGUUUGGGAAAUAAACCCGGUGUUUAUA